AUGAUGCCGCACGUACCGGAGACCAUGGCGGCGUGGCGGUACUUCAAGCACGGCGGCGGGGCUGAUGCUCUCUCGUUGAAUGACAGCGUCCCCGUGCCUGUGCCGAGCAAGGGCGAGGUGCUGGUUCGCGUGCGCGCGGCGAGCAUCAACCCGGGCGACUGGAAGCUACAGUCGGGACUCAUCCCCUUCCUGCCAUGCCGCUUCCCCGCCACUGCUGGGUUCGAUCUUGCCGGCAACGUGGUGGCAGUGGGGCCGGGCGUUACCAAGUACAUCGUGGGAGAGGCGGUCUUUGGAAGGGCGCCAUUCUUCAAAAUGGGCGCUCUGGCACAAUACGCAGUGCUGGACCUUCAGGGCAGCGCACGCAAGCUCGCCUCCCUCACCUUCGAGACUGCUGCUGCUCUUCCCAUCGCCGGUCUCACUGCCCUGCAAGCCGUGAGGGACUAUGCUGGCCUGCCUCUUCCUCUACCCAAACCGAGUGGGGAAGGGAGUGGUGACAGCAGUAGUAGUAAGGCUGAGAGUACCAGCAAUGGUAUUAGCAGCAAUGGGUGCAGCAGUGGGAACAGGGCGCGGGUGCUGGUGGCGAAUGCGUCAGGGGGAGUGGGGCAUAUGGCAGUGCAGCUGGCGAAGGCAGCAGGGGCACACGUGACUGCCACUGUCGGUGCUCGCAACCUCGCCUUCGCACGGAACGUGCUCGGAGCCGACGAGGUUGCUUCAUCUGUGGAACCUCCUACCAGUGGGCUGUAUGAUGUGGUGAUUGAUUGCUCUCCCAACAGCCUGGCCGUUUCUGCUGUGGAUAAAGUUCUCCGUCCUGAGGGGAAGUGGUUGCAUGUGAUUCCGCCGUUCUCAGUGUUCGCUUUGGGGCUUUGGCGUCGGUUUGCAGGUCGCCCAAAGAAGAUUUAUAAUGUUAUGAUGGAGAACAGGGGGUCUGAUCUGGAGGUGGUGAGGAGGAUGGUGGAGGAGGGGAAGGUGAAGGUGGUGAUAGAGGGUACUUUGCCGUUUGAAGAGGCAAGAGAGGCAUGGAGGAGGAGCAUGGAAGGGCAUGUGACAGGCAAAGUGGUGGUUAGGAUGGAGUGA